GGGCGUGGUCUCGGUGGACAGCGAAGAGCCGUGUUGCGGGAGGAGCAAGCAGCGUGUUUCCGGGAACGAUCCUUCGAGCGGUGGGGAGCACACGCGGCAAUGGAAGACGAGUUUCGGGAAAUUGAUGAGCUCGGGAACUGGACCGCCGUUUACCAGGAAAUUAGGCUGCAGUCCAGUGACCUACCAUGCAAGAUCGCCAAACUUCCAGAAAACAGAGGUCGUAAUCGCUACAGAGACGUCAGCCCAUUUGACCACAGUCGUAUUUGUCUAGAGAUCGGUAAUAAUGACUACAUCAAUGCCAGUCUGAUUUCUGUGGAGGAAGCACAGAGAAACUACAUACUAACUCAGGGUCCGUUACCGAAUACCUGUGGUCAUUUCUGGGAGAUGGUAUGGGAGCAGCGCUGUCGAGGGGUCGUGAUGCUGAAUCGUGUUAUAGAGAAAGGCUCGAUAAAGUGUGCUCAGUACUGGCCACAGCGAGAAGAGAAGGAGGCGGUGUUUGAGGACACGAACCUCAAACUCACUUUGGUGUCGGAGGAUGUCAAGUCGUACUACACGGUGCGACUGCUGGAGCUGGAAAAUCUGUCGACACAGGAAACACGGGAGAUUCUUCAUUUCCACUACACCACAUGGCCAGAUUUUGGUGUACCUGAAUCACCUGCGUCUUUUCUCAACUUUCUGUUUAAAGUGCGCGAGUCGGGCUGUCUGAGCCCGGACCACGGCCCUGUUGUGGUCCACUGCAGUGCUGGUAUUGGCCGUUCUGGAACUUUCUGCCUCGUAGACACCUGCCUUUUACUGAUGUCUCAAAGGAAAGAUCCAUCAUCGGUCCGUAUCCGAGAGGUUUUGUUGGAAAUGCGGCGAUACCGCAUGGGUCUGAUACAAACAGCAGAUCAGCUUCGUUUCUCUUACCUCGCGGUCAUAGAGGGAGCCAAGUACAUCAUGGGAGACACCUCUAUACAGGAGUCAUGGAAAGAGUUAUCCAAUGAAGAGGAUGUCCCCCCUCAAUUUACUCCUCCUCCCAGACCGCCACCCAGAGUAGACCCCCCUAAUGGCACGGGUGACAAGGUGAAAUCUGAGCCUGCACGCUUCUUUACAGAGAUGACGAACAACGUAGAAAUCUGUGCGAACAGGGCACCCCAAGUAUUCUCUGACGGCCCAGAACUUCGCAAAAGGACAGCUGGUGAGGUCGGACCGACAACACUGUCAAGCGGACAACAUGAAAACCCGAUCGUCGCGGCAGAAGCCCCUCCCAAACCCGCUCGCUCCCCACCCAAAACUCCACCAGAAGAUGCUGCCCACAAUGCUUGGAGCCCCCUUCUGUUCAAGGCGUGCAUGUGUACGGUGCUGGCUGUAGGUGCAUACAUCUGUUACCGCACCUUUGUCCACUGAUGCUCUUUUUCCAUUUCAGUUUAUCUCUAUCCUUUCUCUUUUUCCCCCAUCUGCUGGCUGUUGGGGGAAGAGAGAGACAGACACACACAGACACUCACACUUUCUCAGCUGGACCUGUCUUUCUCUCAGCUGGGCCUGUCUCAUGCUCUCGAAAUGAAAACAUCUGGGGAGAGUUCAAGUGACUUUUCUCAGCCAAACUGCUGUCGUCUGUAUACACCCUUACAUGCACUUAAUAAACGUGUGUCCGUUUAAAACCUCAGGGCCUCACAAUUCAGGUGUUAUUACCCAAUGUUAAACACAGGUAAAGAUCCCAAAAAAAACUGUUAUUGCUGCAGUCAACAAGGGAGUUUUUUUGUGUAUAUGUAUCUAAAUUGUCAUUUUUGCAUUUUUAAUAUGAUGACUAUGUUUCCAAAUGGAGCUUCACAAAAGUUUAGCUCUUCUCAGAGUUGGGGGCAUCUUAUACAUGCUGAACACACAAACCUGCUGUACAUAAUAGGAUACCUGUGUGCGUGUGUGUGUGUUUGUGUGGGUCAGAGAAAGUGUUCGUAAACAGUCUGGGAUGUUUGUUAUUCCAUCAGGUGGCUCUGUGGAAACAUCCCAAACUAGCUGACUGAACCUUUCCUCCUUUUCCGUUUCCAUCUUUUGUGUCUUUAGCUUUUAUACAAACCCAAAGGUAACGCCGGCUCUUCACCUGUAUGAGAAAUAAUGUAACUCGCGAAACAAGCAAAGCGACUGAUAGGCCGUCUUCUCAUUCCAUUUAAUUGUUGCUGGAGAGUUUUUUUUCCAACCUGUAUUUCUUUCCUUGGACAAAUGUUUUCUUUUUUUCCCAUAAGGUUCAGAAUUUCAAAAUGCUGGAACUGGUGGUUAGGCCACAGAAGUGAAAUCUCAUCCCGAAGUUUAAUGCAAUAAAAAUAACUGCGCCCUUUAAGUUUAAUGUAACCAGAAUGUAAUGGACAUCCCUCAGUAUUCGCAUAGAGAUGACUGGUAAAUUGUUAACCAAGUAGUGCAGCUGGGCAUAAAGCCUAUUUAGCACUCAUGUUUCAUCUUAGAGGUGCAACUGAUGGGGCUUUGAAUUUUAACUUUUGCCUCACAUUUUUCUUUGCUGCAAUACAGGUGCUUGAUGAACAGUAAAAAGAGGGUUGUAUUAACCAAAAAUAAAACACCAGCACAGAAUGAAUGAGAGAGAAAAGACCAGUGGGUGUGAGCUGUCUGUGUUUUUAAUGUUUUAUUCUACUAUUGUUAUUGUCAUAGUAAUUAUUAACAGGAAAUAUUUAAUGGGCAAAACCAAAUCGAGCCACACUGCAUAAUGAACUGUUACUUUUAAACAGUGUAAACAUGUGAAAGUCCAAUGCAGUAACCUCCAGACAAAUUCAUUUUCAAUUUAUUGUUCGUCCUUAAAUGAAACCAAUUUAUUUGUGAUUUAGCAUUGUGUGGUAACAUUUCCACUACCACUUGACCAAUCCAGAAUGGUGGUUGUUGGGUAGUUUCCAGUUUGUAGAUGGAUUUAAGUGAUUCACACAAGGGUUUUGAUUUUGAGGGGCCCGUUGUAGUGACUGACUCCUGGAAUCUGGUCCCAUAGCUGGACCACUGAAUGUAAAAUGUCUCUUCUUGCCAGCUUUAUUUACACACAUAUAUAGAGAAAUUUAUUUGUCUGUGUCCUUGUUUGUAAUGUUCAAUUGUUGAACCAAUCAAGUUCUUGGGUCUUUAUGUAUUAAGGCUCAAGAAUUUCUGUUUUCUUUUCCUCACCAUCCCAUUGUCUUAUUCUUCAUAUUGACUAUCUGUUUGUUUUUGUAAUAAAAGCAUAUACUAUGUUCGAGUUGGAUAUGUUGACAUUUGAAAUUUUAUUUUUGAACAGAAUAUUCAGAUUCUGUGAUAUAAUAAACUCAUAUUUCUCUGA